CCCCGUGAGGGUAUGGGGGGUGCACGGAGAUUUGGGGUGUUUGGGGGCUCUGCCCUGCAGGAAAAGGGGUGCCAAGGACUAAGUUGGAAUUUUGAGGUUUCAGAGAUUUAAGGUGGUUUUUGGGGUGUCAGAGGUUUAAGGUGUUUUAUUGGGGUGUUUGCGGUUACAGUGUAGGAGGAGCACAGCAGAGCUUUGGGGUGUUUAUUUUGGGGGGGGGAUUUGGGGUGUUUGGGGCUGUGCCCUGUGACCAACCCCAGCCCCAGAAGGGCACAGUGAGGUUCAGGGUUUUAGAGGGGAUUUGGGGUGUUUGGGGCUGUGCCCUGAAUGAGCAGGGUCAGAAUUUUGGGGUGUUUAUUUGAGGAGAUUUGGGGUCUUUGGGGCUACAGCCCCAGGAACACACACAGACAUUUGGGGACUUUAUUUGAGGGGUGUUUGGGGGGCCAGCCCCGAGCACACAGAGAUUUGGGGUAUUUGAGGAGGAUUUGGGGUGUCUGGGGGCACAGCCCCAGGGACACACAGAGAUUUGGGGUUUUUCAGGGGAUUUGGGGGCACAGCCCUGGGCACACACAGAGAUUCAGGGUGUUUAUUUGGUGUUUUGGUGGCGCACAGCCCCAAAUGUUUGAGGUGUUUGAGGAGGGUUUGGGGUGUCUGGGGGCACAGCCCCAGGGACACACAGAGGUUUGGGGAUUUGAUGAGGAUUUAGGGUGUUUGUGGGCACAGACACAGAGGUUUCUUGGGGGGUUUUGAGGGGCACACACAGCCCCGGGCACACACACAGAGGUUCAGCGGUUUCUCGGGGGGUUUUGGGGCCGUUGGGCGCUCACCGCGGCGCUGUCCGGCACAGGCGGGUCGCGAUGGUGAAGCUGUUCAUCGGGAACCUGCCGCGGGAGGCGACGGAGCAGGAGAUCCGCUCCCUGUUCGAGCAGUACGGGAAGGUGCUGGAGUGCGACAUCAUCAAGAACUACGGCUUCGUGCACAUCGAGGACAAGACAGCGGCCGAGGACGCCAUCCGCAACCUGCACCACCACAAGCUGCACGGCGUCUGCAUCAAUGUGGAGGCCAGCAAGAACAAGAGCAAAGCCUCCACCAAGCUGCACGUGGGCAACAUCAGCCCCACCUGCACCAACCUAGAGCUGCGCGCCAAAUUCGAGGAGUACGGCCCGGUCAUCGAAUGUGACAUCGUCAAGGACUACGCCUUCGUGCACAUGGAGCGGGCCGAGGAUGCCGUGGAGGCCAUCCGGGGGCUGGACAACACCGAGUUCCAAGGCAAGCGGAUGCGCGUGCAGCUGUCCACCAGCCGGCUGCGGACGGCGCCCGGGAUGGGAGACAAGAGCGGCUGCUACCGCUGCGGGAAGGAGGGGCACUGGUCUAAGGAGUGCCCGGUCGAUCGCCCGGGGCAAGUGGCGGACUUUGCCGAGGCCUAUAACGAGCAGUACGGAGCCGUGCGCACUCCCUACACCGCGGGCUAUGGGGAGACCGUGUAUUACGAUGAGGCCUACGGCGGGAUGGCCGACUACUACAAGCGCUACCGCGUCCGCUCCUACGCCACGGCCUCGGCGUACGACGCCUACGCGGAGCAGACCAUGGCCCAGUACUCCCAGUACGCCCAGUACUCCCAGGUCCAGUCCUCGGCCAUGGCCGCCACCACGGCCAUGGCCGGCCGCAUCCCCACCACCUUAGACGCGUACGACCGAGCGCUGCUGCCCACCCCGGGCGCGGCGGCCGCCGUCGCCGCCGCUGCCGCCACCGCCGCGGCCGCCGCCGCGUCCUCCACGUAUUACACCCGGGACAGGAGCCCCCUGCGCCGCGCGGCCGCCGCGGUCGGCACCGUCGGAGAGGCGUACACGUACGAGCGUGGGCAGCUGUCGCCCGUCUCCUCGGUGGCCCGGGCGUCCCUCUACGACAUGCAGCGCUUCGGGCGGGAUCUCUACGGGGAGCGGGCGCGAUACUCCGCCUUUUGAGGAUCGCCACGGAUCCCCCCGGGACUCGCCGCCGCGCCCGUGGCUCCGCAGCACCCGAUGCCGCCGCCGCGUCAGGUCAGACGUGCCCCGGGUUGUCGCCGCCGCCGCCGCGUCCCCUCCCCGUCACCGGGACCCCCGUCCCCGCCGGAGCCGCCGGAGCCGCCGCGUCCCAGCGCCCGCGUGUCCCCGUGGCCGGGUGUCCCCGAGUGUCCCCGGGUGUCCCCGAGUGUCCCCCACCUCCCCUCACCUCUCUGCUCUCUUCCAGGUGCGGCGGCCUCGGAUGGAGCCGUGUCCCCCCUGCCUGAGCCCCCUCUUUUUGUACGGAGCUUCCCCAGAGUCCCCCCCGCCCUCCUGCCCGGGCGGGGUCACCCCCGACCCC